UUUUGUUCCUUCGUUUUUUGAAUCUUGGAUUUGACUGUCACAAUACAAAGAUAGGAAAUCACUUACAUGGAGCAAACGGUCAGCAAUGAAAUAAAGUCCAGCGGUGAAGCUGAACCCAGUAGCAGCAGUCAUGGCCCUCCGAAGAGAGAAAUUAAUCCAUCGAGGGCGGAGAUUGAGGAUCAUGUUCGUUGCUGGAAACUAUUCAAGGCUAUACGGCAAAAUGAUUGGAAAGGUGUAGAAGAUUUCAUACUCCUAAAUCCCACUGCCUUGACCAAACCGAUUAAAGUAUUUGAAUUGGAAACGGUUUUUCACGUAAUCAGUAGAGAGUUAAGUGCCCCCUCUUGGCUUAUCGAGAAGCUCGUAUCAGGUGUCCCUCCACACACACUAGAACAGUUGACAGAUGAAGACGGCGAAUCCGCUUUAUUCAUGGCUUCUUUAUACGGCAAUAGAAAGGCUGCAGAAGCCUUUGUGGGGUGGAAUUAUCAUUUGCCAAACAGGACGAACCGCGUUGGUUUACUUCCAAUUCACACAGCAGCAAAAUAUGGCCACAAGGAGAUAAUUCAAUAUUUACUGAAAGUGACAACUGCUCCCCUGGAUGACGACAAUGGCGUUCAACUGCUUAUAGAUUUAAUCACGUCUGGUCACUAUGGUGCAGCUUUUGAUUUAUUGAAGAAAUAUCCAGACUUAGUUUCUAAAACAGAGGACAGAGGAAGAGUUUUAGAAGCGCUGGCUAAUAAGCCACUGGCAUUUGCAAGUGGUAGUCAGUUGGGAUAUUUGCAACAGUUAAUCUAUCAUUGUAUUCCUGUGCAAGAAGAACACAUAUAUUUCCCAGGAAGUGUGGUUAGAGAUGUAGAAAAUCAAUAUGAGAAUUCAAAGAACUCUAAGAGAUUCUCUUUUUUUGGAUGUAUCCGUCGACAUAUCUUUCCUGCAUUUGCUGUUGUGUGCAUGAAAUUACACCUAUGCUUUGGCAUGCCAUUAUGCUCUCUAGGCUGUGUAAAAGUUUGUGCAUCCAUCCCUCCAGAACAACGAAAUGGAUCCGAUAAAACUCCUAAAGAAGUGUUUACCAAAGAACAUAAGAAAUUGGUUAAAGAAGGUGAAAAAUGGAUGAAGGAGACUGCUUCAUCCUGCAUUGUGGCAGCUGCACUCAAAUCACUGUAG